AUGGAGUCGGAGUGGGACCCACUGAGAGUGCUGGGGGCGGUGACAGCCGUGUGCCUGCUGCUGUGGGCGGCUUGGGGGGUGGGCUGCACAGUCUACGUGUACCUGCUGCCCCAGGUACGUCGGGGUGCCCCUUGGCUCAGGGCGCACGGAGCCUGGGCAGUGUUGACGGGAGCCACCAGUGGUAUCAGCAGGGCCUAUACACACGAGCUCGCCCGAAGAGGUCUGAACAUCGUUCUCAUCGGUCGAAACCUGAGCAAGCUGAAGCAUGAGGUGAAGGAGAUAGAGCAACUUCAUGGUAGGGUCACUAGAGUCAUCCAGGCAGACUUCACCGGUGGCUUGGAGAUCUAUGAGGCCAUUGAGACAGGACUGAAGGACCUGGAGAUUGGAGUCCUGGUGAACAAUGUGGGCAUGCUGUACGCAAAACAGCCAAGUAAACUGCUCGACUGUGAGAACGACGCCAAAAGACUCUCAGAUCUUAUAAACUGCAACAUCAUGUCCGUGGCCCAGAUGACCGCAAUCGUCCUGCCCCAGAUGGUCUCCAGGAGCAAAGGCAUCAUCAUCAAUGUCUCUUCAAUUCUUGGCAAGAAACCCAAUCCGCUCUUCUCAGCGUACUCAACUUCUUAAGACCUCGCUCUCCCUCCUCCGCAGGCCUUUGUGCGGAGCUUCUCCCAGGCAGUGGGCGCAGAAUAUUUCGCUGAGGGAGUCCUCGCUCAGACAGUGAACCCCUGCCUGGUCGAAUCAAAUAUGACCUAUGACACGAAAUAUCGGAUGGCUGUAAUGAAUUCUGAAGACUACGCUCGCCAGGCGUUGGACACCCUUGGCCUCACCUCCCAAACUUCUGGGUGCCUCAGUCACGCUGUGCAGGUCCGCUAG